AUGCGCGCGCCCAACAGGAUCUACUCAUACUCCAGGACAUCUCGCAUCGCAAAAUCCACCGCCCUCAUUGCGACACUCCUCACAAGAACCUGUGCUGCGACCCUUCCCGCACCACCUUCUCCUGCCGACAAAUGGCUGUACCCUGACGUCAACACGCUCCCUACAUACAAUUACCUCGAUACAGUCAAUGCAUCCUGGACUUCGAACUUUGUCGCUCCAUAUCUGCUACUCCGGUGCCAACAUCCCAACGACACCGCCCACUAUGCUUAUCCAUAUAACCAGUCUGUUCCAGCAACAGGCUCGGCUCUCGUACCUCUCGAUGACGGAAAUGCCUGGGUGUGCCACUUCGAAGUGUCCGACCUCAGCGCCUCUAGCGCAACUCCACCCACGUUCAUCAGCAAUGAUUUCAAUAUCGUGCUAGACGUUGGACAAAGGCCUGUCUUGUGGACCAACUCACAGGCCGGGGGAGAAACAGCCGCAUCCAGCGCGACAUCUAAUCCCACAGCAGCUAGUCCCUCGUCGUCGAGAAUCAGCACGUCAAGCACCACGACAUCCUCUGUCGCUACAACCCACACUCCUCUCUCCUCAGCAACUUCUACUCCUACCACUGCUCCUACCACAUCUUCAAGGAUCGCAAGCUCAAGCGCCAUCACCCCAAUACCCACACAACCAUCAACCCCUCCUACUCCCUCAAGCACAACGAGUGGUCUCAGCAAGAGCAAAAAGAUUGCGAUAAUAGUCGGGUCUAUCAUGGGUGCACUCCUGCUCUUGGUCGUAGCGGUCGCCGUACUCUUCAUCCUACGGACCAGGCGAUCGGAGCGGAAUGCUGUGGUCUAUAGGAGCGGGCCUGGAAACGGAUAUGGAAGCGAAGAGGUUCCGGGGCUUGAGGCGCCCCGAGAGAGGUGGAAAGGGCUUGAGAUACCAAGUGUGCAACCGCAAGGUUACUUUUGA